CAUUAAUUGUUCUUCCUUCACCCUGUGAAGAGAAGCCACCUCAUGAACCGUCAAGUAAAUUCACCUCCUCCUCCGUCCAUUAUGUAGCGAACCAUAAAUACUACGUGUCUCGAACUUACUCGCCGUUUCUCUAGAUUCAUCGACAACUUCAGACAGCGCUGCAACAACCAUGGCGCCAUGUCUGGAGUUCCUCUACGAUUUGGAAAGUACAAUGUCGUUUUCGACUUCAGCCACGGCCGCCCUGCAAGCUAUCACUAGAGAAGUCAGCAUGAAAGACCUGUCGCAAACCAACUCCGAUACGGUGAUGCAUGACGCCUCCCCUUCAUUCUCCCAAUCUCGAGAGGAAACUCAGAUGCAAGAAGAAGAUGAGGCCGCUUCAUUCGAGGAAGUGAAGGAUGAGAGAUGGAAGCAGUUCUCAAAAAUCACUCCCUUCCUUGCCGUACCGCCUGAGAUCCAUCUCAAAAUUAUGACUCUCCUACACCCGAUCGAUGCUACGUGUCUCAGUCUAGUCAACAAAUACAUCUACGAGCUCUCACCACCAUUCCUGAACCCCCACCCCAUGGACAUAGGUGCUCCUUUCUCCACAGACCCGUGUCCCAAAGUCGAAGGAUGCAAGCACUGUGUCCCAGUCCUCUAUCAUCCUGCUCAUUGUGAGCUUCAUUACCAUCUUCGCUCGUUCAUGCCUAAGGAGUUGAAAUUUUGCUCGGGAAAGUGUCACAGGUACACGAAGUGCGAGCAACAAGGGUAUUCGGACUCGAGCGAGAUUUGUGGCGAAUGUGGAACUAGUUAUCGACGGCGGUAUGAGAGGGGAAGACGCAUGUUGGAUAUGAUGAGGCCUGGUGAGAAGCAGAUUAGGUUAAAUAAGUGGUAUAACUCUACUCGUUCUACAUGAACCAUGCGUUAGUCUCGGGUCUGGAGUUUUGGAUUUCGUGGUACCUUACAUUCCACUGUAUUUGUUUCUAAGCACGGUGUUUCUGGAUGUGCAUGGACUUCUGCGACAAUGUUGAAUUUAAGCAUUCAUAACUAUUUAUGAUUUGCAUUGCCUGCAUUUGAUGGGUGGUCUCGGAUCAGGAUUAGGCUGGAAGUCAUGGUUGGAGUUAAGGAUAGUGAGCGUGGGAUGUCUGGUCUUCGUUUCCGACAUUUGGUUAGCGAACGUCUUCCUCUUAGACCAACAUUCAGGUCUGGUGCACAGGACAUAGAGGCAAACUGCGCUGUGUUAUAGAAUGAAUUUUCAUUCUUGUAAGACCAUGUGCUGAAUAAAAC